AUGGAUAGUGCACGCGACCAGGGUAUGAGACCCGCCACCGGACCUACACAGAACUGCUCCGAACCUGCAAAAAAGUCUACAUGGAGGCAUGGUUUAUGCCCUUUAUCUGUUCGGAGCAUGCAUACAUUUUGGAUGGCCUCCUGGGACCGCACUCCCGAGCGAAUGACUACAGUUGAGCAAAUGCAGCAAGGCCUAGAUCUGAUUUAUGAUCGACAUGGCGAAGUACAGGGCGGCCGGAUUCGAGGGUUUCCUCAGCUAUGGAAGCUCGAGAGCACCAGAGAUUUCGAUAGGAUCUUCACGAUGCAUCAUUUUUAUCCCAAGUCUGUCACCAUCACUAUCCGAUACACCGACACUUGGAUGUGGGAGCAUAACGAGGAGUUACACAUCGAAGGGGCCUGGGGCAAAUGGCUGGUGCUACCCUCGAGCGUCAGCGGGUUUUGUAUCGAUAUCGAAAGCGUCAAGCGACGCAAAGACGAAGUGGACUGA